AUGUUCUUUGGUUAUGACUCUUCAUGCAUGAGUCAAGUUGAUACAAAUGACAACUAUCUGCGUUUCAUGGGAACUGACUCAGGCUCUGCUCGUGAUUCUGCUGCCGUUGGCGGGUUAGUGAGUGUCUGGUUUGGGGGUUUUGGAAUAGGCGCCAUUUUGGUGGGCUCUAUGGCAGAUGAUAUUGGACGUCUAAAAUGCAUUCAACUUGGCUGUCUCUGGGGUAUUCUAGGCGGCGCACUUCAAGCUUCUGCGCAGAACUUUACUUGGAUGGCCUUUGCGCGAAUUAUUGGCGGCAUCGGAUGUGGACACUUGAACACUAUUGUUCCCAUAUGGACAUCUGAGCUGGCUGACUCUGGCGCGCGAGGAGCUUUUGUUGCCGUGCAAUUUACAUUAGCACUCACUGGUGGCACAAUCGUUUAUUGGACCGAAUAUGCAUGCCUCAAGACACAGAGUCUUGCUUUCGCGUGGAGAUUUCCUCUUGCCAUGCAGUUGAUCUUUCUCCUCUUCAUAUUGUUCGCUACACCCUUCUACCCCGAAUCGCCUCGCCACUUGAUCAGGAUCGGAAGACUCGAGGAAGCACGGGAGAUAUUGCAGAGAGUACGGGUAAAUGUACCUGAAUCCCAAAUUGAAGAUGAGCUGGCUGAGAUUGUGGGAGCAAUUUGCCUAGAGGCUAAUCACCCCCCGGCUUCAAUGUGGACAAUAAUGACCAAAUCCGACAAGCUCCAUACAAGACGCCGGAUUCUCCUUGGUGCAGGGGUUCAGGUAAUGCAGAAGUUCACCGGAAUCGAUUUCAUUUCAACAUAUGCCCCAGAGAUGUUCACACUUGCUGGAUACACCGGUGACAAACCAUCCUUACUGGCUGGAGGGAAUUUCUUCAGCUAUACGGCUAGCUUGGCUCUUGCAAUCUAUCUCUGUGAUCGAGUAGGUCGUCGUCGGCUAAUGUUGAUAGGAUCAUCCUUGAUGUUUCUAGUAUUGAUUGCGGGUGGUGUCCUUUCCCAUGAAGUCAUUUCGAAGGCUACCUCAGAUCCAUCGGUAUCCUCUCGAUGCGGUGGCGCAGUUGCAGCAGUGCUUUAUCUAUACACGUUUAUCUAUGGAAGUACUUGGCUCACCACAUGUUGGGUCUAUCCCACAGAGAUUUUUCCCCUCGUCAGUCGGGCAAAGGGAACCGCAGCAGCCACGGUCGCCUUCUCGCUAGCCGGUGGUAUAAUCAAUGAGAUUGUCCCGUAUCUCAUCGACGCCAUUUCAUAUUGGGUAUUUGUCCUUUUCGCCCUUCUAAAUCUUGUCAUGCUCGUCCCGAUAUAUUUGUUCUACAUUGAAACAGCGAGCCGUCAUCUGGAAGACCUUGAUUAUUUAUUUGCGCAUGAAAGUCCAUUCUUCUGGCAUGCUGAGCGCGCGUUCGCUCAGAUGAAGAGCGAAGAAGGUAGCUUGGAUAAGACGGGGAAUCCUGCUCAAUAA